AUGCUGCGUGUUCGCCAGCCUUUCUUCAUCGUGCCUCGGCGCGGCUGCUCAAAACCAGGAAAGAGGAGGAACAUCAACCGGCAUCGUGAAGCCGGCGCAAUGCUGCUUGACGUCGACUAUCAUUGGCGGAAGGAAUUUGGGCGCCGGUUUAGGAUGAACAAGGACCUGUUCUUGAAGAUUGUCCACGGCAUCAGGGAGUACGACACAUACUUCAUGGCCAAGAGAGAUUGCACAGGUUUGUGGGGCUUCACCUCAAUUCAUAAGCGCACUAAUGCAAUGCGCUGUCUUGCAUACAGAGCUCCUCCAGAUACAUCCAAUGACUACCUACGGAUGGCAGAGUCGACAUGCACAGAGACUCUCUACAAAUUCUGCCGAGCCUUCAUAGCGGUGUUUGGUAAAGACUAUUUGAGAGCACCAAUAGCAGAUGAUACAGCUCGGAUCCUGCAGAAGAAUGCAACAAGAGGGUUUCCUGGGAUGCUCGGAAGCAUUGACUGUAUGCAUUGGGGCUGGAAGAAUUGCCCUUUUGCUUGGAAGGGGAUCUACAAGGGCCAUACUGAGGCCGCCCGCGUCGGCACGGCAUUGGCGCAACCCGCGCCGCUGAUGCCGAAGCCAGAGGACGACGAUGACCCGGACAUGCGCGCCGCUCUGGUGCUGUCCGCGGCGGAGGAGGAGGCCAAUGGCCGCAUCUCGCGGUGGUCAUCCACACCUUCGUGA